UAAAGCGCGCUGGGCCGCGGCCGCUGCGGAGGCUGCAGCGGGCUUACCUGGCGCAGGUGCACCGGGAGCAGCGGCCAGGAUGCUGCGCGAACGGACGGUGCGGCUGCAGCACGGUAGCCGCGUGGAGGCGGUCUACGUGCUCGGCACUCACCUCUGGACCGAUGUCUACAGCGCGGCCCCGGCUGGCGCCCAGACGUUCAGUCUGAAGUACUCGGAGUGCGUGCAGGUGGAGGUGGUCUGCGACGGCGAGGCGGAGGAGGUGACCACCAACGGCAAGCAGCGCUGGCCUCUCUCCCCCAGCACCAUACUGCGGCUCACCAUGCGCCAGGCCAGCGCUGAGGCCAGCAUUGAUAAGGUGACCGUCAGCUACUACGAGAAGGAAGGCAAUACCCCCAUCGACCGUGCUGGGCUCUUCCUCACAGCCAUUGAGAUCUCCCUGGACGUGGAUGCAGACCGGGACGGCGUGGUGGAGAAGAACAACCCACAGAAGGCCUCCUGGACGUGGGGCCCCGAAGGCCAGGGCGCCAUCCUGCUGGUGAACUGUGACCGGGACACACCCUGGCUGACCCGGGAGGACUGCAGUGACGACAAGGUCUACAGCAAGGAAGACCUCAAGGACAUGUCCCAGAUGAUCCUGCGGACCAAAGGCCCAGAGCGUCUCCCUGCCGGCUACGAGAUCGUUCUCUACAUUUCCAUGUCAGACUCGGACAAAGUGGGGGUGUUCUACGUGGAAAACCCAUUCUUCGGCCAGCGUUACAUCCACAUCCUGGGCCGCAAGAAGCUCUACCACGUGGUCAAGUACACGGGCGGCUCCGCGGAGCUGCUGUUCUUCGUGGAAGGCCUGCGCUUCCCCAACGAGGGCUUCCCGGGCCUGGUGUCCAUCCACGUCAGCCUGCUGGAGCACACGGCCGAGGAACUUCCCUUGACACCCAUCUUCACGGACACCGUGACGUUCCGGAUUGCUCCGUGGAUCAUGACCCCCAACAUCCUGCCUCCGGUGUCGGUGUUUGUGUGCUGCGUGAAGGACAAUUACCUGUUCCUGAAAGAGCUCAAGAGCCUCGUGGAGAAAACCAAAUUUGAGCUGAAGGUCUGUUUCCAGUACGUGAACAGAGGCGACCGCUGGAUCCAGGAUGAAGUGGAGUUCGGCUACACCGAGGCACCCCACAAGACCCUCCCCGUGGUGCUGGACUCCCCGCGAGACGGGAAGCUGAAGGACUUCCCGGUGAAGCAGCUCCUGGGCCCAGAUUUCGGCUACGUGACCCAGGAGACGCGACCUGAGAUAGUCAGCAGCCUUGAUUCCUUUGGAAACCUGGAGGUCAGCCCCCCAGUGACUGUGAAUGGCAAGACGUACCCCCUGGGCCGGAUCCUCAUCGGAAGCAGCUUUCCUCUGUCCGGAGGCCGGAGGAUGGUCAAGGUGGUGCGGGACUUCCUGCAGGCCCAGCAGGUGCAGGCGCCCGUGGAGCUCUACUCUGACUGGCUCUCCGUGGGCCACGUGGACGAGUUCAUGACCUUCGUCCCUGUCCCAGGCACAAAGAAAUUCCGGAUGCUCAUGGCCAGCACCUCAGCCUGCUACAAGCUCUUCCGUGAGAAGCAGAAGGAGGGCCACGGGGAGGCUGUCAUGUUCAAAGGCUUGGGCGGCAUGAGCAGCAAGCGAAUCACCAUCAACAAGAUCCUGUCCAAUGAGAGCCUCGUGCAGGAAAACUUAUACUUCCAGCGCUGCCUGGACUGGAACCGCGACAUCCUCAAGAAGGAGCUGGGGCUCUCAGAGAAGGACAUCAUCGACCUGCCCGCCCUGUUCAAGAUGGACGAGGGUCACCAGGCCGUGGCCUACUUCCCCAACAUGGUGAACAUGAUCGUGCUGGACAAGGACCUGGGCGUCCCCAAGCCCUUCGGGCCGCAGAUCGAGGAGCAGUGCUGCCUGGAGACGCACGUGCGCGGCCUGCUGGAGCCGCUGGGCCUCAGCUGCACCUUCCUGGACGACAUCUCCGCCUACCACAAGUACCUGGGCGAGGUGCACUGCGGCACCAACGUGCGCCGGAAGCCCUUCCCCUUCAAGUGGUGGCACAUGGAGCCCUGAGCCGCGGCCCCAAGCUGCCCUCCUGCCCCGUGUUCUCCAGACCCCUCAUGCCCCACAGAGCCUGAUGUGGCCGGGAGACCUUCAGACAGGGUGGAGGGGGAGUGUGGGGUGGGGGACCUUGACCUCCCCCAGAAGGGCCUAGGCGUCCCCAGGAGCCACCACCAUGGCCCUCAGCUCUGUCCUUCCUUGAAACAGCCGGGCCUCUGGCCAGCAUGUGUGUAGUGUGGGCAUGCAAACUAAAACCCCAGCCCUGACCCCACUCCCCAGAGAACCCUUGGUCUUCUGUCUGACACCAACAGGGGCAGAGGCGGGGCCGGGGUUCUCCUGAUAGCCAGAAGGUCAAGAAAGGUCAAGGGUGAAUGCUGGAGAAAGGUGCUGGGGCCUCAGAUGAACCUUCAACCACUUAAUCAUUUGAAAUUUGCCUCUCUCACAGUGUCCAGGAGGCCACCCCCAAUUAUUCUCUGUUUCCCAGCCUCUCUCAAAUUCCCCAGGCUUUCUUUCUGCUGUGGAGAUGCCACAGACCAGCUUCCCUCUCCCCUGGGGUCCAGCAAUUCGCGUAGAAUCUUUGCUGGAGAUGAAUUUUAUCAGGGCUGCUUUCUGCCUGCUUAGGAUGCUCCUCACACUUCAUCUUUCUCUUGAGCACAGGCCCUCCCAGGUGUGGGUUUCUCCCCACACCAGGCUCCCCAGCAUUCCCCAGGUGCCAGGGUCUGCCAUCUUCCCUCACCGGGUUCUCGACUCUUCAGCCACUCCCUAACUUCCCUUCUCCCAUCUCCACUUCCUGUCUAUUCCCCAUGACAUCUCUCUCCCGACAGCUGACAAGGACCUCAGCCUCUCUCCCACACACCCACCAGUCAGGCUCAGAUCUUCCCCCAGGACAUACUAAUCACUUGCCUCUCCCCAGACUUCAGACCUAAAAUUUAAGGACCCUGGACUAGCCCCCAGUCCAAACAACUGGCUGUGGGUCUUGGAGAUAGAUUUGGGACUCUGGAAGUUUGCUCCGUGCAUUUGCACAAGACCUGCUCAUUUGGGCUAACACAGAUUAACUGGUGCCAGAGAGAUUGCCGAAUGGGCUAGCUCAUACUUUGCACACAGGAAGCUCGGGUUUGAUUUCCGACACUGUAAGAUCCCCUGAGUACCGCUGGGACUGACUCCUGAGCACAGGGCUGGGAGUUAGCCAUUCAGCACCUCUCACGGUGGACCCAAAACAAAACUCAGAACAAAACAUUAAUUCCCUGGCUCCAGCUGAGAAGACCCAGUUUCAACUAAAACAAAACAGUCCCUUUAGGAUCUGUUGGUACCAGGAAAAUAACUGAAUUAUAAUUCCACUUCAGAGGUUAACAGGAAUCAAUGAAAACCAAUGAAAAGAUUACAAGUGGGUGCUCCUGGCGGAAGGAGAUUUUCUUUUGGGGUUAUUUUGCUCACUCAUUCAACAAACAUUGGUUGUGCAUCUAUGACCUGGGCACUGUGUUGGGCUCUAAGGAUACAGUAGCCAGCAGCAAACUGAACCUGGUCCCUGCCUCCUGGUCCUGGUCCACUCCCUCAUGCACCGCCCCACCUUUCAAUGGCUAGCAUUAGCCCUUCAGUCGGGCAUUUGCAUCAGGACCACCGCAAGGAGUGUGGGUCUUCUUUAAACACGCCUCCUUUCCACCGAGCUGGGCCAGGAUCCCAACUGAUCAGACCCUAGAUCCUGUUGUCCCUUUGUGGGGACAGUGGUCCCUGCCUUGGUAAGGCCAAAACCCCCAAACCUCCCCAACCCUGAACCUGAAGACACCAAGUGCCUAUUUGAGGGUGUUUAUCUGGAGACUUAGCUUGUGUGUUUUGCUUGCAUUCAUUGCUUUCUAGUCUAGCAGCAGGGGAAGUGGGAACCUCCCACGUGGAAACAGUGUGUAUUUAUAGAUAUUUCUUAAACUCUUCCCCUCUUGAUAAACUCCUUGUUUUUUGUUUUUUGGUUUUUUUUUUUUUUUUUUUUUUUUUGGUGUUUGGGUAGCCUUCCAGGACUCAGAUUCCCAUUUCCACCUCCUGUGACCACCUCCAACAUGGACAUCUCCCCACACCUACUGGCCCAUUGCUUUUCCCCAACCCACCCCCACUUUCUGUAACUGUAGACACAGAAUACACUUCUGUGUAUUGCAAAACUCUACUAAGUUCCUGUUUCCAUCUUGAUUUUGAAAUACUUGAUGCAAGAAGACAGAGGGAAUGGUGAGGAAGGUUAACAAUGAGAGCAGUUUCAAUUCUCACAUCAGGAGGCCGUGAUGGAGAAGGAGAGGUGUUUGGGGAAGGACCUGGUUAUGCAACAAUAAAAUUAACAGUCAGAAGGCA